UGUUCGUCAGCCAACCCAGCCGUCACAAGGAGGUGGACAGGGACUGGUAGCCAUUAUCUCUCUGAGGUAGUCUGUUUUCUGUUUUUAACCAAGACAAUAGAGAUUGUUCGACGCUCAAGCCACACAUCCGUCACACUCUCCGCAGCGUCGCUUCUCCAGCCAGUCGUUAAAAAUGAAUCCCGAAUAUGAUUACCUGUUUAAACUCCUGCUGAUUGGUGAUUCCGGAGUGGGAAAAUCUUGUUUACUUCUUCGAUUUGCUGAUGACACAUACACUGAGAGUUACAUCAGUACCAUUGGUGUUGACUUCAAAAUCAGAACUAUUGACCUGGAAGGCAAAACGAUAAAGCUGCAAAUUUGGGACACAGCUGGUCAAGAAAGAUUCCGUACUAUCACGUCAAGUUAUUACAGAGGAGCUCAUGGCAUUAUUGUGGUUUAUGACUGCACCGAUCAAGAGUCAUUUAACAAUGUGAAGCAGUGGCUGGAAGAAAUCGACCGUUAUGCAUGUGAUAAUGUAAACAAACUUCUUGUAGGCAACAAAUGUGAUCUUACAAACAAGAAAGUCAUUGAAUACAAUGUAGCCAAGGAGUAUGCAGACCAACUGGGCAUUCCAUUCUUAGAGACAUCAGCUAAGAAUGCAACCAAUGUGGAGCAGGCAUUCAUGACAAUGGCAGCAGAAAUCAAGAAUCGUGUGGGUCCAACAUCAUCUGCUGCUGACACCGCCAAUAAAGUGAAAAUUGAUCAGGGUCGGCCUAUUGAGUCCACCAAAUCUGGAUGUUGCUGAAGACAGCAUUCAUCUUAAUUUAAAGGACUGGGACCGUUUCCUGAAGAUAGUGUCAAUUUUGCUGAAACACAUUGAAAGCAGAUACUGGCUUCAUUCAAUACUUCGUACAAGUAACAAGUGUGUUUGUGGAGAUGUGCAGUUUUGUGGUGGUUUAUGGUUUGAUAGUGAGUGAACAGUGGCUUCAAGUGUUUUCUUUUUAGUAGGAUUGAUACUAUAAUUUGUAAUGAGUUGCACCUAUUUCCCCUCCCCCAAUUUUUAGAUUUAGUUUCCUGUAUAUUUGUUUUGAGUAAACAUACUGGUGUGUGCUUUGUCUGUUCAACUUUAUGACAUGAGAUUUAAGCAUAAAAUUUACCUGUUUGGAGUAAACUGUAUUUUAAGGAGAAUUUUGCAAUGUCUGUAAAAUAAUAUAUAAAUAGUAUAAAUAUAUAUAUGUGUUUUCUAAUACUAUAUCCGUUCUCCAAUCAUUCGGUUGUAGGUCUAGAUUUGGUUACAUUGGGGUAUAACAAAGCAAUUGAUUUUUGCACGCUUUUGCUUGUGAUAAAUUUCUGUAACAUAUAAAAGAAUGUUUUAAUGUGAGUUAGUUCUCUGUACGGCAUCCAAUUAUAAUGAUUUGGAUAAUUUGCAUCUCUUACAAACAUAAAAUUGUCAUUCCAUCAGCGGGUGCUGAAUCUGAAAUGUUCUUUUUCUCAAUAAGGUACGGUUUAUGAUAUUUGUUGCUCAGUGCUUUUACUGUUAAAAAAAAUGGUCCUUGAUCUUUCAACAACAUAUUUUAUUAAUAUUGCUACUGAAAUUGCCUCAGUAAGAUUUACCUCCUUGAUUGUAUUGCUUGUAUUGUUACCAUUAAUGGUCAAUGAUUUGGAGAAAAUGGAGCAAUGAUGGAGAAUAUUGUCAAAGUUGUGUCUGGUCGGUUAGUGGGACACAUGUGUCAGCUUUGUGCUGAGCACAACUGUUUUGGCUAUUCUCUCUGAAGAGCUUCCAGCUAUCUAGGGAAUCUUUGCAUAUUUUUUACUCACCAAAUAUCAAUGAGUAUUUAGAAAGUGAACAUUUUAUGUGAUUUGAAUAAAAAAAAUAAUAAGGAA